GAGUGGGCGUUCCAGUUCGAACUUGGCUUUCCCGCGUUUCCAGGAAGAGGCCGGGCGGUCCCUCCGAGACUGGCUCCUUAGGGGGUCCUCUUCUCGGGAAAUGGCUCUCUUUGAGCCGUCUCUAGCUGACUGGUGAGCACGGAGGAUGCGCUUCUGCAGCAGCUGGCGGAGUCGAUGAUCAAAGACGACUGUGCGUCCGAGCUGAGGGUCCACUUGGCCAACUCCCUCCCUUUGCCCUCCAAUGUGAACCGGCCCCGAAUUGACCUGAUUGUGUUUGUGAUUAACCUUCACAGCAAAUACAGCCUGCAGAAAGUGGAGGAGUCUCUGAACCACGUGGACAGCAGCUUCUUCAUGGGGAAAGUGUGCUUCCUGGCCACAGGGGCCGGACAGGAGAGCCACUGCAGCAUCCACCGGAGCACAGUUAUAAAACUGGCCCACACCUACAGAAGCCCACUAUUCUUCUGUGAUUUACAGGUGGAAAGCUUUCGAGCAGCCAUGGCACGGCGCCUGGUUCGCGUGCUGCAGAUCUGCGCUGGCCAUGUGCCAGGUUUCUCCUCCCUGAACCUGCUGUCCUUGCUGCGGAGCCCCCAGAACCCCAACCCAAGGAGCAGUGAGCAGUGCUGCCUUUCAGAUGUUUUGUUGCCAGCACCAUAAGUGGUCACUGUUGGUGAAGAUCAGUUAGGGCCUGACAGGCCCGGAAGCAGCCUGCUCACUGCAGCACUUAGCUCCACCAGGGACUGCUGCUGGGCAGGAGUGGGGAGAGAGCCCUGCAGUUGAGACCCCACCAGCCUUCUGUCGUCACCCCACAGAGGCCCUGUCUAACGUCAUAUAUCCACCUGAGAUUUUGGAACAAAAUGGCUUUUUAAAAAAGAAAGAAAGAAAAUGUGUCUCACUCCCCA